AUGCGGAGUAAAAUAGAAUAUGUGAAUGAUGAUGUGCGUCAUUCACGGCAGAGUUAUGCGUACGACGGGAAUGACUAUGGUGGGCCACGUCCGGCCAAGGGCGUGCAUUCCGCGGAACUGUUUGAGAGGGUUCUACCAGCGAACGCUUUGGAACCGAUGGCUAUUGACAUUGAGGAGGACGCUAUCGAUAGCCUGAGCGUCGCGAUGAAGCCGCUGCAUACUGCCGACCUUGAGUAUAUGCGUCUGGAGCAGAGGGAGUAUGUUUGGAUGAUGGAGCAGAUGCGGUUUGAAACGGAGCGGAUGAAUCGUGAGCGGGAGCUCCUGCGACAACGACAAGAGCUAGAGCACGAGGCGGAGGUUCUGGAACGCGAGCAAUGCAUUCUGGGGCGACGCACGCUACAGGAACGACGUAAACUCGCGGAGUUGCAGCAGUGGGUGCGUGAGGAGUUGGAGAUGGAGGCGCGCCUUCUUAACAUACGCGACGGUGGCCACAACUACAGCAGCCGUGACAAUUACUACGAUGCAAGCAUUGAUUUGGUAGAUCAAGAGGGCCCGCAGAGAUAG